AAUGCGUGGCAAACUGAAGCUCUACGUGGCGUUGCUGUUCCUCCUCGUGUCGGUGACCUGGCGUUCGCGCGGGGAAUCGUCGACGUGCUUGAUGGUUUACAAGGAAGGCGGAGCGCCGGCCGUCUUCCAGUCCCCAAAGUGCCCCCGCUGGAGGCUUUCAGACCACGCUUCCUCCCGUCCACGCGCCACCGUUACCACGCGCUGCCAUGUCGCGAUGCUUCAGGGCCGUCGGAAGUAUCAGGAGGAUCGAGCCUUCUGCGCUCUCGAUGUGCGCGUUCCUUUCCCCGGUAAAUCAGGGCUUGAGGAGGCUACUGUUGGAAUCAUAGCAGUCUUUGACGGACACAAUGGAGCAGAAGCUAGUGAGAUGGCUUCAAAGCUUUUAUUUGAAUACUUUCUUUUGCAUACUUAUUUUCUUUUGGAUUCAACGUAUUCCAUUGCGUUGAAGAAGUUUGCUGGAAGAUUGGUGGAGAUGGGAGAGCCGGAGGUGGCUUUUCAAGUUCUCAAUUGGGCUGCAGAGUUAAGUCAGCAAGAGCCAGAUCUUUUCAGAUUUAAGGUCUUGUCACCAAUGGGCAUUGAUAAUUAUGCUACUCACUUGGAUGUUUUGAAAGAAGCACUGUUGAGGGCAAUUCGGGAUAUUGAUGCAAAAUUUUCUAAGGAAGCAUCCAAAUAUAAUCUUGGCUCUGGAUCCACAGCCACGGUUGUUCUAACGGUAGAUGGCCAAUUUUUAGUUGCCAAUGUUGGGGACUCUAAGGCUUUUUUGUGCUCUGAAAAAUUUCAAUCCCCUGCAGAUGCACGAGCUACUUUCUUGAGGUUAUACAAGCAGAAAAGACAUGAUGGGACUCCUUUGUCUUUAAAGGAAAGGGCAGACUUGAAGCUGAAUACUUUGUAUGGUCUGACCCAUCUUUCUGUUCAAGAAUUAACUCGUGACCAUCAUCCGGAUAGGGAUGACGAAAGGUCUCGAGUAGAAGCUGCCGGCGGUCAGGUUCUCGUAGGGGGCGGUGUCGCUCGUGUAAAUGGCCAACUUGCUGUUUCACGAGCCAUUGGUGAUGUAAACUUUAAGAGUUCUGGUGUGAUAUCUGUACCGGAAGUUAUGGAUUGGCACUCUUUGACCUCCAACGACAGCUUUCUGGUAGCUGCAUCUGAUGGUGUGUUCGAAAAGCUGAGUCCACAGGACGUUUGUGAUAUAUUGUGGGAAGCAAAAAGUGAUGACACUGCAGGAUCGGAGAUAUCUUCUCCAUGUUCAUACUUGUUAGCUGAUUGUAUAGUGAAUACUGCCUUUGAGAAGGGUAGUAUGGAUAAUAUGGCUGCCAUUGUUGUCCCUCUGCAGUCUACUGAUUUAUCUCAAAACCUGCAAAGUAGAAGUCUCGUUGAAUGGCAACAUAUGCAUUCAACUCUGGCAGGAGAAGUAUGCAUAUGAGCAAUCAGGGUACAUGAACCCAGGACAGCUUGACCUUGCUAUGGAGAUGUUCUUUGCGGUGCCCUUGAAGCAUGAUGCAUCUUGGAGUAACAUGAUUAUUGGAUUUGCACAUAACGGUUGCUUUGACGAGGCUUUUAGUUUUAGAUUUGUCAGGCAUUUGCAGCGAAUAGGAAUGAGACCAAAUGAGGAGGGUAGAGUAGAUUUGGAUCCCAAUUUAUGUUCAAUGAAUUCAGAUGAUGUAAAUGAGGAAGGCACUGUUUCAAAUGAUGAUGCAGUAUCAUCAUUUGACAUGGCAUAUUUACAUGAUCAAAUAGCUAUAAAUCUAGAAAAUAGUUAAGGAUGUUUGCAAUUUUUAAGGAUUGUGAAUUUCUUUUGU